AUGGCGACGCAGCUGGUGGCUCUUCCGGAGGUUGAACGACUGAGCGCUUCGGUGAUUCGAAUCCUGGGUGCCAAUCCGGGCAAGAUUGUCCGUCUGAUACCAACCACCAUCACAGGCACAAACACAUACCUCGUUGGCCGAGGGUACCAGCGCAUCCUCAUCGACACCGGCCAAGGCGAAGAAGCAUGGGCCAAGAACCUCCAGACUGUGCUGACCGACGAAAACGCCACAGUACACCAGGCUCUCUUGACUCACUGGCACGGGGACCAUGUCGGGGGCGUGGCUGAUCUGCAACGGCUCUGUCCCCAAGUUCAGGUAUUCAAAUGCCCCACGGACCUGGAGCAGGAUUACGCGACCAUCGUGGACGGUCAGGUAUUUGGCGUCGAGGGGGCCACUCUGAAAGCCUUGUUCACGCCGGGCCACACGGAGGAUCAUAUGGCGUUUGUGCUCGAGGAAGAGGACGCCAUGUUUACCGGUGAUAAUGUCCUCGGCCACGGCACCGCCGUGUUUGAAAAUCUCCGCACCUAUCUGGCGAGUCUGCAUCGCAUGCGCGAACGCGUUCGCGGCCGCGGAUACCCCGGCCACGGCGCGGUUGUCGAGAACGCGCCGGCACGCAUCCAAGAGUAUAUUCAGCAUCGACAACAGCGCGAAGAUGAAGUGAUUCGCGUGCUGCGCUACGGUCAACUCGAGGUGCCCUCGGGGAGGAGGAGCACCGACACCGAGCCCGAGUCUCGUCGUGCGUGGACCCCACUGCAGCUGGUGCAGACGAUCUACGUGGGAGUGCCGGAGACUUUGCAUCUCCCGGCAUCGCAUGGGAUCUCUUUGGUGUUGGAGAAGUUGCAGGAAGAAGGGAAGACGGUGCAGGAUGAAUCGGGGGCAUGGAGGCUGGUGGGGGAGAAAAGUACCCUGUGA